UUGUCAGAUGGCCAUAUAACGGGUGAUAUACGUUCGUCGGCGGGCCUCAAGGGAACGGUCGUAACCGCAGAAGAGCUCUUCUACAAUACGCCGUGUCGACGUCGUGCACUCAAAUAUCCAGCCGACGAGAUGAAUCGAAUCGCGGAUGUGGUCAUCAGAUACGCUAUUCAUAAUCCGUCUGUUUCGUUCACGAUGAGACGGUGUGGCAGUGGGAACGAUUUUCGUACGACAGGUGACGGGGAUCAGUUCAAGGUGAUUGCAUCGCUUCAUGGAAGCAAUGCGGCAAAGAAUUUGAUAACUCUGGAUCGCGAAGAUGAAAAACUGUUCUAUUCGCUGAAAGGUUGUAUGGCUCGACCGAGUGCAUCGUGUACGGCACCGAGUCUUCAAUCUAAACAAAAUCGUCAAAAGAUUUUCUACUUGUUUAUCAACAAUCGAAGUGUUGAAUGUGCACAAUUGAAACAAGCAUUGGACGUCGUGUUUGCUGCACAAAAUACAUUUUCAACAUUCAUUAUGUUAUCGUUACAGAUUGCUCCGAAUCGAAUCGACGUAAAUGUGCAUCCAACAAAGGCUACUGUCUUCUUCCUUGAACAAGAUGCCAUCAUCGCAUCAAUUCAGGAUUAUAUCGAAAGCCUCAUACAGAAUUCGUCUGACAGUUGUUCAGUUCCAACGAUAACGCCUUAUAUGGGCACAUCUUCAGCGGUCUAUGAUGGUCCUACUUUUAUCGAAUUCCCAACUAUGUCCUCAACCGCAUCGUCGUCGUCGAAAAAGCGCUAUCCAGCCGAGGUUCCUGAACACCUCGGAGGGCCACCACCACCUUCUUCCAGAGCACCGUUAUCAUCUGGCUCCACUUCUUCUUUCGAAAACAACCAAUCGCAACCCGCUAACGCAUCGUCAUCACCAGCAACGAAAAAAGUUUAUGCGCAUCAGUUGGUACGUACAGAUGUGAAUGAACGUCGUCUGGAGGAGUUCACAAUCAAAAGUGAGAGUCAGUCUCUGUCACAAGUGGAAAUGGUGGCGGCCGAUGGCGUUUUGAACGAUUCAAUUGCAUCUGAGGGCAUCAUGGAUCCAGAAUGGCGUGAAUUUGAUUUUGAUUCAUUGAAAGCGAUGCGGAAGGAAAUUUGUGAUAAUGCUUCGCUGUCGCUACGAAAUCUCUUCAAAGAGCACACAUUCAUUGGUACAAUUGAUCAAAACCGAUCUCUGAUUCAGCAUUCAACGUCCAUCUAUUUGAUUGAUACGAAGCAAAUUUUUAUGAAUUUCUUCUAUCAGUUGUUGGUGCUAUCAUUUGGCAAUUUUGGAUCGUUCAAAUUGUCCGAAAGUGCUCCGAUAGCUGAAUUAUUUUUGAUUGGUAACGAAGAGGAGAAUGAAGAGAAUGCCAAAAAAUAUGCUGAUUUCUUGGUGGAGAAUCGUGAGAUGUUGAACGAUUACUUCUGUUUACGAAUCACAUCGGAUGGAGCAGUUGAAACGAUACCGUCGUUGAUUGACGGUUAUGUGCCUCAGUUGGAAGGUUUACCAACACUGAUCUCGAGUCUCGUGUACGAUGUCGACUGGGAGCAGGAGCAGACGUGUUUUACGGGUAUAUGCUGGGCAUUGGCUAACUUCUUUUGUGUACAUGAAGAGUACUGCAAAGGUGAGCAACUGUCCGGUCUGGAUGCCGACUGUUUGCCGUGGAAACGUGUCUUCAGUGAUCUCCUCUUUCCGGCUCUCAAAACCAACUUUGUACCACCGGAAAGUCUGAAAUCGCGUGUCCGUCGACUGGUUGACCUGUACGAUCUCUACAAAGUUUUCGAACGUUGUUAA